AGCGUAAAAUACAAUCUGUAUUGAAAUGGCUGAUUUAACAGAAGAAUUAGAGGAUGAGAGUAGUGAAGAAGGCGAAUCAAUGACUGCAGCAGAAGUGUUACAAAAACUUGAAGAGGCGUGGCUGAACGAAAAAUUUUCACCAGAUUUGUUGGAAAUCAAAAAUGACAUAGUGGACUGCAUGUUGGAACAGAUUAAAGAAAUGGAAGAAAAUAUAAGAAGAGCCAAAAAAGGAGAUUUUAGGGUUGGCAUACACAAAAUGGAAAUAGAUAGGAUACGGUACUUUAUCAGUAGUUAUCUAAGAACAAGAUUACAAAAGAUUGAAAAAUAUACAGCACAUGUUUUAGAACAGGAAAAAGCUAGAGGGAGUGAUGAGACACCACAGAUGUCACCUGAUGAAUAUACUUUUGCAAAGGAAUACUCAGAAAAUAUGGAAAAUCACUUCAAAGUAUUAGCACUGCGACACAUGCCACCAAAUUUACAAGCUCUAGAUCCUAAACAUACAGUAAUGCGACCCAACUUGGAUAGCUAUGUGUUUUUACGAGUAAAUGAAGAUACAGCUGGUGUCCUUGUUGAAGAAGAAACUGCAGAGGCAGGGGAAGAGGUGAUAGAUUUGGAAAAGGGAGAUCAGUUGAUCAUAAGGUACAGACCAGUAGCAACACUAGUGGAAUCUGGAGCAGUUGGACUCAUUUGAAGUGACUUGUGGUUUUUAUAGAUUUGCAACAAACCGAUCUUUCAAAUAUGAUCAGCAGUAUUUUCAAGGAAAGUGAUUUCCUGAUCUUUAAAGACAAACAAGAAUUGAAAAUGCUUUUAUUCAUCUGAUUAAAUUUUAUUCACUUCAAAUGUUUAAGAAGGUGUAGAUUGUGAUAUUGAAGAGGAUAUAUAUUGGAUAAUAAAGAUUUGCUUGUUCAAAAAAGCAGAUGCAUAUGAUAAGCAUAUAAUAUCCAUUAAAAACAUUAAGACUGUGCAAGUUUCUAAAUAUCUCAACAGAUUAAUAUUUAUAGUGAUCAAACAUUGCUCUGAAAUUUUUAUCACUGUAUUUAAUAAAAGAAAUCUGAAAAUGUU